GUACCUCCAUGCAAACAGUUAGUUAAACCGAGAGGAAACUAACCGGCUGCCGUGAACUAUGUGGCCGGUUCCACAGUGGUUUGUCUCUAAGUAUUUAUGGUCUCGUGUUUUGUCAAUUUAAGACUCGUCUUUGUAAAACGGAUUAUGUACUGUGUGUUUGGACUUUAACUACCUCAUGGUUAAAAGAUUUAGUUCGGUUGUAACGUGAGUGGUUUUCAGCAAUGUUUCAACCACAUGCAAGUUUACUUCGAAUCGCUGCCAAGACUGUGUCCCGCCCAAAGUGGAGUACAGGUCUGGUCUUGUGUCCGUGUAGGAGUGUGUUUGUGAAACCAGGAGGAUGGAAGCCAAAGAAAAUUCCAUCCAGAUACCUGGGCCAGCCCAGUCCAUACACACACCCUCAUCUGAUAAAGGAGGGUGAGGUGACUCCUGGUCUGACUCGGGCGGAGUUCGAGAUGCGGCGACAGCGGUUGGCGUCCCUGGUGGAGGCUGAGGCUGAUCGUUUGUCUUCGCCGUCUCCGCUGCUCGUCAUCGUCCUGUCCCACCCGGUCCGCUACAUGAGUAACGACAUCCCCUACCCCUUCCACCAGAACCAGGACUUUCUCUACCUCACCGGGGUUCUGGAACCGGACUCCGCGCUGGUUCUGUACGGGGAGGGCCGACCGGACCAGGCGGUUCUGUUCGUGCCCCGCAGGGACCCGGCGCGGGAGCUGUGGGACGGGCCGCGCUCGGGCAGAGACGGAGCAGCGGCGCUGACGGGUCUGGACAGAGUCCACAGCACAGAAGAACUGGGCCUCAUCCUCAAGAGUCUGAAGGGGGGAACGGUGUGGUAUGACUCAACUCAUCCCUGCCACCCUCGCCUCCACCAGACUCAUGUGCACCCCCUGCUGGAUGGGUCAGUGUGUGUGCGGGCACUGCGACCCCUCACACACUCUCUCAGAGCACUGAAGAGUCCUGCAGAAAUAGCCCUGAUGACUCAGGCAGGAUGCAUUACUGCCCAGGCGUUUAAGAAGACUAUGGCGAUGUCCAGAGCUGAUAUCGAUGAGGCUGUGCUCUAUGCUAAGUUUGAUUAUGAGUGUAGGGCACAUGGGGCUAACUUUUUGGCCUACCCUCCAGUGGUUGCCGGUGGUAACAGAGCAAACACGCUGCAUUACAUAAACAACAACCAGAUUAUCAGGGAUGGAGAGAUGGUUCUGUUGGACGGGGGGUGUGAAUAUUUUGGUUAUGUCAGUGAUGUCACUCGUACGUGGCCCGUCAAUGGGAAGUUCAGCAUGGCUCAGGUGGAACUGUAUGAGGCGGUUCUGGAGGUCCAGUUAGCGUGUCUGUCACUGUGUUCACCUGGCAUCAGCCUGGAUCAUAUCUACAGUACCAUGUUAGCGCUGCUGGCAAGACAGUUGAAACGCCUGGGCAUCCUGGAGCCUGGUACCAGUGAGGCAGACGCUCUCAAGGCAGCCCGGCGGUUUUGCCCACACCAUGUUGGACAUUACCUUGGCAUGGAUGUGCAUGACACGCCCGAACUGUCACGCUCUCAACCACUUCAGCCAGGGAUGGUCAUUACUAUAGAACCAGGGCUGUACAUGAGUGAGGUGGAUGACUCGUGUCCAGACAGAUUUCGGGGUUUGGGCGUUAGAAUAGAGGACGACGUCGUCAUUCAGGAGCGGGGGGGUCCACUCGUGCUCUCAGCUCUGACCCCCAAAACUGUCAGCGAUGUGGAGUCGGCCUGCGCACACAGAGGCGGAUAAGAGUGUGUGUGUAUGUGUGUGUGUGUGAGUGUGU